AUGCCCGGCGCAGCACCAGACAUCAGCCUGGUGGCCUUAAACACCCAGGGCCACGGGCUAGAUACCGCCAGCAAGGCAGUCUCAACACGUUUUGCCCAGGAGAGUUCCAACUUAUCUGGAUCAAAGUUUAUCAAGUCAACCCCACAUAGGUCCACGGACAGCCACUCCAGCUCAAGUGUAGACGAGCCAGCUGAAGCCUACAAUGUCGGUGCUUUCUCAAGGUCGCCUUCGUUCUACAAGGGCGCGCAGUGGACAGCCGACGGUACGACUAUCAUAGCAUCCACAUAUCACAACCAGAUCUGCAGCUUCGUCAUCCCCUCGGAUCUGCUCGAGCCCAGGGAACACCCUCUCACCCUUAGCCCUCAGAAAAUUCUUGAUCUGCCAGAGACAACCAAUGUCUUCUCACCAGCGCCUUACUUCGCCCUAGAAAACCCUGACAGCCAGCACGUGCUCGUCGCCUGCCGUGAUCACCCAAUCCAGAUAUUCCGAGCUCUUCCAGCUACACUAACCUCAGGCGACGACCACAGCUCUCUGUUCUCGUACCGUCUAGUCUCGCCACAGACAGAGGCAUACCUCCCUGUGCACUCACUUGUCUGGCCAUGGCCCAAUUCGACAUCCAGCUCGUCCUUCUUCGUCGGCAGUAACAACCUCAUCGCACAGUUCGAUCUCCACCGUGUAGGUCAGGGGCCCCAACAAGUGGUCCACACCAUCCCCUCCAAGCGGCAUAUAUCCAAAGGCAAUGGUGUCGGCAUGCGCGGGAUGGUAUCUGCGCUGUCCAUGCAGAACGAUGAGAACUGUAUGCCCACGGGACUACUCGCAGCCGGCACCUGGACACGGUGGGUAGGACUGUACGAUUUUGCUCGAGGGGGCGAGCGUGUAGCAAAUUGGAGCGUCGCCGAGGCUGCUGCUUCUGCGGUUCUCCAGGAUCCUUUACCAGAUUCUCAACAGUCUUGCUUUUCAACACAACGCAAGACGUCCAGAGGCAGGAAAAUACCAAUCGCAGGCAUAGGCGGUGCUGGCAUCAACCAAACAGCCUGGUCACCUGACGGGCGAUACCUUCUGGUGAACGAGCGGCAGUCCACCGGUAUCUUGAUUUACGAUGUGCGCGUGACAAACAAGAUGCUCGGCUUCCUGGCCGGUCGCGACGCCCUCACCCAUCAAAGGCUGGAUCUCACCGUGUACCCAGACUCGGAGGGCGUGGGCGGCUUUGAGGUCUGGGCUGGCACGAGAGGCGGAACGGUCAAGGUGUGGCAGGGCGUCGGCCAUGACGAAGGCUGCAUUUGGCCGUCCUGGGACUUCUCGACCAAGGACGAAAACACUCCCGAGGACAAACCUGCACGCUCGCCUGUGGGCAGCGUGUCUCUCCACAAGUAUGGGUCUGUCGUUGCAACCUGCACUGGAGGCUGGAGGAUUCCUGGAGAAGAAGGUGAUGAGGAAACCUCUAUUUCGUCUUCAUCUUCAUCCUCAGCUAGCGACACCUCGAGUGAUGAAUCGGAUACCUCAUCGCUGCUGGACUGCUCAUCCGAGCCGAAUGUGCUAGCCAAAGGAGUCCAAGAAGCAACUAUGGACAACUCGCUCGUGGACGAAUCGUCCGGAAACCAGCAGAUUUCCUGGAAAUGGGAAAUCUCGUGCAGGUAA